GGUCAUGCUCAGCAGCACAACCUGAGCCGGCUCCUCACAAUUUCACACAAAACAGCAGACAGGACACAGGAAGAGGCACGCAACUUCUCAGAGAAGCCGAGAUACCCCGGCGCAUUUUACCCUCUUUCAGGGGGCACACUCGGCGCGAUGCUGUCGCCCGAACUACAGGCCUCGACGCGGCCGCUCUACGCCGUGGGCAACACGCCGGCAAUGAGCCUGACGCGGUGCCUGCCGCAGGGCCUGGAUGCCGACGUGCUGCUGGUCGGGUGCGGAGACGUGCGCCACCUCCUCUACACGGCGUAUGCCAACCUCGGCUUCCCCGCGCGCCGCCUCGACAUCACGGCCUGCGACCUCAACCCCCACAUCAUUGCGCGGAAUGUCGUGUUCUUGACCCUGGUUCUGGACGGGGGCGCGGCCGCGUCGCCCGCCCAGAUCUGGAACAUCUACUACCACUUAUACGUGGACGCCGACGACAUGCACGCCCUGGAAGCGCAAGCCGAGAAGCUCGUGGGGCUCUCCGGCAGCCUCGACGACUGGCACGCCGGCACUUAUGGCACCACCAUCCGCUUCUGCGACGCCGACUCGCUCGCCGACGUGCGCGGCAUCUGGGCCGAGUACGUUCGGGGGGCGCAGGCCAAAGAGUCGCCCGCGUACCAGUCGCAGUUCGACGACAAGCUGGGCGCCUCGCGGCGCUUCAAGGAAAAGUGGUGCGGUCCGGGCUUCAACGUGCACUCGACGUCGCGCUCCGCCGCCCCCCUUUCGCGCGACAUGGUCAAGGACCUGAUCAAAGCCCUGGCACGUUACUGGCAGACCGGGCUGGCCAGGGCCGCGCCGCCUGCCACGAAGCUGUAUGCCAACCCCACGUUUUCCGAGGCGCUGUCGAAGCGCUCCGUUCUGGCCUGGCCCUCCGAUCCGCUCCUCUCCUUCCACCUCGCUACGGCCGAGGCCAACCUGACCGAGCUGUCUCCUCUGCGGCUCGACGACGACAAGGCGGCCGAAACCUCGCGGCUGUUCGAGGCAGCCCAGAUGCAGUUCCGGGCUUGGGUGGACGCUUUCCGGGCUGCCGCGUCCGCUUCAAGCACGACCAUCCGCUUCAUCACGGCGGACGGCUUGGCCCUGUGCCACACCCUCCAGCACAACAUUGAAACUGGCGCCAUGUGUGCUCAUUGGUACCGUCGCAGGCUUGGAUUCCAGGCCCUGGAGUUGGCAAAGAGCGAGUACGGCAAAGAGGGCACGGCCCCCACCAAGUUCGACGUCAUCGACACGUCCAACAUCGCCGACUACUGCGGCGUCAUCAACCUGCUCGUCUCGGCCGGCCCGCUGCUCAAGGACGCGCCGUCGUCGACCCUCUACACGGAGAUCAUGACGCGGGGCGGCGCGAGCGACAGCGCCAAGUUCGGCGCGCUCCUCUGCGGCCACACCAAGACCGUCUCGAUCCUCCUCGGCCUAGCCCCUGUCGAGUGUUGGACCAACGCCACGACCGAGUCCGUCGUCGACGAGUGUCUGGCCGCUAUUGCCAGCAGCGACGAAGCGACGCUAAGCGAGGGUGGGCUCAAGAUCCACUCGCGGCUGGCGUGGAAGCACAGUCGGUUCUUCUCCGGCCGGACCCCGUCGGCGCCGUCGCAGAAGCUGGCCGUGAAGUCCGAGGACCUCGAGAUCGUGGCGUACCAGAUCUACCGCAACAUGCUGGCCGACACUCGAGCUCCCAUUGGCGCGCCCAAGUACAACCGCGUGAGCUUCCUGGCCUUCCUCAAGGCUAUGUGCAAGACGGUCGCGGUGCAGCCGGCAGGGUCCGAGUCGCCAUUCGUCGCGCAGCUGCUUACCCAGAGCCUCGGUAGGCCCGAUGCCUCGGAGGCAGACAGCCUGCACCGCCACGACCUGCUUCUCGAGAUGGCGCAGCUGGGGCUCUACUCGAGUCCUGAGCUCGACCCCGGUAGCAACGAUCCCCCAUCGGCUCCGUUCAGCAAGUGGGCGGCCAUGCCCGCCACCGUCACUAUCACGCUCGUUGUGCCGCCAGAGCGGUGGCAGGCUGAGCUGCGGCGCACGGGCGGGUUCGUACUGCUGGGCCUCGUGCGGUGCCGGGCCGCCAACAAGAUGGGCUGGCAGGACGUAACGCGCCAGUCGCUGUACAGCAACAUGCAGGUGGCCUUUGGCGCCAUCGAGGCACACGGGACGCACGAUCACGACGACUUUUUGGUGACGCUCCCCCGCGGGGACCCAGCCGGCUUCUCGGGGUCGUCUGCCCUCGUCGCCACCUUCAACGUCGCGGCGGCCACGCUGACGGCGCACGACACGCACGUGUCCAUCAUCUCGUACAAGAGCGUCGCCGCGUAUAUCGAAUCAGGUUACCCCCUGGAGCCCUUCUUUGAGGCCCACGUCCUCGACGAGGACCACGUCUUUAUCACAAAGAACCCCCCCGGCCAGAAGGGUCCUCAUCACAUCGUCGGCGGGUUGCCGCCUGCGUUGUCUGCUGAAGCCGCUCCGCAGCAGACACCUCAAGCUGGCACCGGCACAGCCUCAAACAAGCCCGAGCCCGAGUCCGAGCCCGAGCCCGAGCCCGAGCUGUCGGCCAACAUCGACGGCAGCACAGGCGAGAUCGUGUCGGUGACGCUGCGGCAGAACAUCACGUCAGACCAGGGCAAGCGGCUGCUGGCAGACAUCAAGUCGCCCAUCACUCUGCGGCCCACGUCAUCGUCGCCAUUCACCGUCGAGCUGGUCCUGGGCGAACCGGGCGGCGUCAUCUUCGGGCUGCAGCCGCUCGUGCUCCCCCUCACAGCCCCCGUGCCGAUCCAGCUGCACCACACCAAGACGCGCGUGGCGCGCCGCUCGGGCUACGUCGAGGUCAUUGUCGCCACGCCCGCCACCGAUGCAGUCGCCGUCCCGUCGCCAGAGAUGGACGCGUACCUGCUGCCGACGGCGCUGAUGGAGUGGCCGGGGAAACAGGACGACGCGAACAAGGCAACAGUCCCCGCGACGCUCAACGUGCCGCACGUCAGCCUCGACACGCUGCCGAUCCUUGCCGUCGACUCCAAAUCGGGACUGAAGUUCCUGUCGACGCUCUCGUCGCUGAUCUUCUCGGCGCGCGAGCGCCGGCUGCGCGAGGCCGCGCUAGCCUCAGACACAGCACCAGACUCUGCACGCCUCAACUUCAAAGAGUCCCUCUUCACCAUGUUCAACGUGGCGGCGGGUCUACAAGGCGGCGCCACCGGGCUCUUCGCGCUGCACAACCCGUCGGCCGGCGGUAUUCACAUGCUGGUGUUUGUCAACGCGGUGCGGCUGGACGGUGCGGCGGCAAGCGUGGUUCUAGACGCAGCUGUGAUUCCCUUCACGCACGCGAUCCUGUCAUCAGGCCGCCUCGAGGCGUUCCUGCUCGUGCUCCGCACGCUCGAGUGCUGCACGCUGAUGGUCGAUGAGGGCGAGCUGAGGUUGUGGAAGCGUGCUUUGCCUGCCUUGGCCGAGCGCUGCCGCACGUGGGAGCACGGCGAGCGGUGCCAGUAUUCCGCACGCUGGGGCGGCAAGCCCGCAGCUCCCGUCAGUCUGGAGGCGGGCGAGUCUGUGCUGUGCUCGUGCGGCGCGGGCAAGCUGCCGGAGCGAUUCAUCGCGCUGCCGGGCUGGGAGGUGGCUGCGCAGUUCGCGACGCGCGUGGCGAUCAGCCCCGUGUUCGCGACGCCAUUUGUCGAGGAGCUGAUCGAUGGCGAAACGGCCAGGACGUUCAAGGCGGCGGCGAAGGCGGCUAUAGCUGCUGAGAAGGCAGGCGGCGCGGAAAAGGAGGAGGAGGAGGAUGAGGAGGAAGGUGGCGACGUCGAGGUGCCGGCGCUGGCCAUGCCCGAGGCGUGCCGCGCGUGUGGGCGCAUCGACGCCACGCUCAAGGCGUGCGGCCGCUGCCGUACAGUCAAAUACUGCACGGCCGCGUGCCAGAAGAAAGAUUGGAAGAAGCACCGCAUGGAGUGCGAGGAUGCCGCCGCCGCAUGAGGCAGGAGGUUGUGUCACCUUUGUGUUGUGCAGUGUUUUAUUUUUCUUUAAAUUUUUAUUUUAAAGUUACGAGUCCGUGUAGACCGUGGCGUUGGCCACGGAAGCUGCGUGGUAACGCCUUCCCCAACCCAAAACUUCAUGAUAGACGGGGAAGGGACGAGUGUGAUAGUUUCUUUUCCUUUUUUUACUCCUCCACUUGAUGGGGCCAUUACUAGUUGUAACUAGUAAUUAGCACGGCCGUCAAAUAUUGCACAAAACACACAAUUCUUCAACUUUCCAGCUCACGCUGUGUGGCGUGGCGCAGUUUG